AUGCCGGCUGUCCGCUCCUUUUUCACUCUUUCCGUUUUGGCUGCUUGCCUGGCGCAAGCUUCGGCUGGUUCCAACAUGGGUCCUCCUUCUGGGGACUCUAGUUGGGGAAAUGAAGGUAGCGCUGGCUACGGCGGUGGGCAGGGUGGCUCUUGGGGUGGUGGCAACGGUGGUGGCAACGGCUACAACAAUCAGUAUACCUCGACCUGGGGAGCUGCACCAACCAAUGUCGUUCAAGCUCAAAGCUGCCCUCCAAUGAGUUGCCCGCCUCCGAUGACCAGUACUAUGACUGAGACGACCACCGUGACCGCUGUGUCCCCUUGUACUGGAAGCACCGUGACCGCCUAUGUCACUCAGUGGAUGAAUGCUCCUCCCGGGUGCUGGUGCGGUGCUGGCGGCCCACCCUCUGGCAUGGAAUGGGGAGGAAUGGGCGAUGCUGCCGUGUUCACAUCCACCAAUCCGUCCUUUACGCCUGGUCUUUCGUCCAUCCCAGCAUCCGAAGCCGUCCAGACUGGCGUGACGGUAGCUGGUGCUCCACCAGCUGCGGCACCGACCGGGACUGUCUCUCCUGGUGGUUUCUUUGGCGAGUCAUCAAGCUCUGCGAUGACGACAUCUGCCAGAAGCUUCGAGCUCGACUACCAGCACAAGCUCAUCGUCAGCAGCGAUACCUUCAUCAACCUCGACAACUUCUACUACUACAACCACGAAAUCCUCUUCAUCAUCGUCAUCAACAUCAUCAUCAUCGUCAUCAUCAACGACAACAUCGACAAUCUCCUCUUCAAGCAGAUCCGCCGCAUCUGCGGUGGCCGCCUCAGCGACAAGCGGCGGGUUUUCGAUCGGCUCAUUCGAUACCAUCGACCCUGCAACCCUCACGCUCAAGAACGCCUUGACGUUAGGCAUUGGAAGAAGAGCACCUGUACCGACUACGUUAUCAUAGACUCCCAAAAAGAAACGCAAAAACCGCAACAGUGA